GCCCACUGGGCUGGACCGGAGUAGCCCCCGACCCCCACCCCAUACGGAGAGAGGCGUGCACGUGGGUGUCACUCUAUCCCAGCUGGAGGGACACAACACAACGUUCAAAGAAGAGAGGACACCCUACAACACAGGACGCUUCUCUUUUGGAUUUUUCUUACUAUCUUACUUUUCUGACGCUAAAGUGCUAAAGAUUUAAGUCGGGGCUUGUUGUCCUUUUGGAGGAGUUUCACGUGUCAUUUGGCACCAGGCGCAUCUGCCAUCUACUGCAACUAGGUGUCUGGAACUGCCAAAAUCAUGCCGACCGGGUUUCAGCAACUUGGAGGGGAGACAGUGACGGGAACCUUUGUUCUCUCAGUCUUCACUGCCAUCCUGGGCUCUCUGCAGUUUGGAUACAACAUCGGCGUCAUCAAUGCACCUCAGAAGAUGAUUGAGGAGGACUAUAAUGCGACAUGGCUGCAUCGGCAUGGAGAGCCCAUCCCGACAGGCACCCUCACUUCCCUCUGGUCUCUGUCCGUGGCUAUCUUCUCAAUUGGCGGCAUGAUGUCUUCCUUCUGUGUGGGAUUCGUCUCUGAGUGGCUGGGCAGGAGGAAAGCCAUGCUCAUAAACAACUUGUUUGCUUUCAUCGGUGGAAGUCUAAUGGGGUUGUCCAAGCUCUGCCGCUCCUUUGAAAUGAUGAUCCUCGGCCGCCUUAUCAUCGGUGCCUACUGUGGUUUGGCAUCAGGUCUGACACCGAUGUAUGUGGGUGAGAUAGCUCCUACAAGUCUGCGAGGGGCACUGGGCACGCUGCACCAACUGGCUAUAGUUACUGGUAUUCUCAUAGCGCAGAUCCUGGGCUUGGACGUGUUACUGGGCAGCGAGGACUUAUGGCCAGUUCUGUUGGGUUUAACUGUUGUGCCGACUGUACUUCAGAUGGCACUUCUGCCUUUCUGCCCCGAGAGCCCCCGCUUCCUCUACAUUAUCCGCUGCCAGGAGCACCAGGCCAAGAGAGGCCUGAGGAGGUUGACGGGCAGGCAGGAGGUGGGCGACAUGCUGGCAGAGAUGAAGGAGGAGAAGAGAAGGAUGGACAUGGAGAGGAAGGUGUCCAUCCUGGAGCUCUUUCGCUCGCCACUCUACCGCCAGCCUAUCAUCAUUUCCAUCCUCCUGCAGCUCUCCCAGCAGCUGUCUGGGGUCAAUGCGAUUUUCUACUACUCCACCAGUAUCUUCAUGAAGGCAGGAGUCCAGAGUCCAGUCUAUGCCACCAUAGGAGCAGGCGUGGUAAACUGUGCCUUCACUGUGGUCUCGCUCUUCCUGAUAGAGAGGAUGGGUCGACGGACGCUCCACAUGCUAGGACUUGGUGGGAUGUGCAUCUGUGCCAUCAUCAUGACCAUGGCUCUUGCUUUAUUGGACAGUGUUCCUUGGAUGAGCUACAUCAGCAUGCUUUCCAUCUUUGGCUUUGUGGCCUUCUUUGAGAUUGGUCCAGGUCCCAUCCCCUGGUUCUUUGUAGCUGAGCUGUUCUCUCAGGGUCCAAGGCCAGCUGCCAUGGCUGGCGGCUUCUCCAACUGGACAGCCAACUUUAUCAUCGGCAUGUCCUUCCAAUAUGUUGCUGACCUUUGUGGGCCAUACGUCUUCCUGAUCUUCGCAGCACUCCUCCUCUUCUUCCUCAUCUUUACAUUCUUCCGGGUGCCAGAGACCCGGGGCAAGACCUUCGACCAGAUCUCAGUAAGCUUCCAACAGCGCUCAGUGGGAGGAAUGAUGGACAUGGACAUGGACCUGGACAAGCCCAGCACUGAGAUGGACUUCUUAGGGGAGGAAAUCAUCAACUGAAGUGUCCCUGCCUGAAGAGAGAUGGAACUGAGUACAGCUUGGGAUGAACUGUGUUUAUGGGACUGCAAACUUUUAUUUUCUGACAUGUACCGUACUGUGCAAAAGUUUUAGGCAGGUGCUGAAAAACUGCUGUAAAAUAAGAAUGCCUUCAAAUAUAGACAUGUUAAUAGAACAUUUAUAAAUUAACAAAAUGCAGUGUGAAUGAACAAAAGACAAAUCUAAAACACAUAAAUUUUUGACAUGACCACCAUGCCUUUAAAACAUCAACAAGCAUCAAUUCUUCUAGGUACACUUGCACAAAGUCACUGUUUUUGCAGGCAUAUCGUCAGGGUUAUGAUCAAACAAUUAUACCAAAAAGGUACUAAUGAUCACUUGUUCAAUACGCAGUGGUCGGCCAAAAAAUCUUACUGCAGCAGAUGACAGAAACAUCAUGCUUACUUCCCUUCCCAAUCGGAAGGUGUCCAGCAGUGCAAUCCGCUCAGAGCUGCAGAAAACAGUUGGACCCUGGUACACAUAUCUACUGUCUGGAGAUGUCUAGUCAGAAGUGGCCUUCAAGGAAGUCUUACAGCCAAAAGGCCAUACCUCCGAUAUGGAAACAAGGCCAACUCACUCAACUAUGCACGGAAACACAGGAGCUAGGGUUCAAAGAAAUGGCAGCAGGUUUUCUGGACUGAUGAGUCAAAAUGUAAAAUAUUUGGCUGCAGCAGAAAGCACUUUUUUUCCGAAAGCAGUACAAGAAUCAGUAUCUUCAGGCAACAGUGAAGCAGGGAGGAGAUUCCUUGCAAAUUUGGGGCUGCAUUUCUGCAAAGGGAGUUGGAGAUUUGGUCAGAAUGAAUGGUCUCUCCUAAAUGCUAAGAAGUACAGGCAGAUAAUUACUCGUCAUGCAAUACCAUCAGAGAGACAUCUGAUUGGCCACAAAGUUUACUCUACAGCUCAACAACAACCCCAAACAUACAGCAUAAGUCAUUUAGAACUAUCUUCAGCGUAAAAAACAAGGAGUCCUGAAAGUGAUGGUGUGGUCACACCAAAUGUUGAUUUGAUUUUUCUUCUUUUCAGUCACUUUGCAUUUUGUUAAUAAAUAUAAUCUAUUGACAUUUCUAUUUUUUAAAGCAUCCUUACUGUACAGCAUUCUUUUUUUCACACCCACCUAAAACAUUUGCACAGUACUGUAUAUUGAGGUCAGUUGUUGUAUUCAUAUAGCAUGUGGUGCCGAAGCAGUGUUGAAGGUGUGUUGUGGAAUUAUCCAUUGCUGGUACCACUACAAUAUGAGAUUAGUGGUUACAAAUUGAGCCUUGACAAAAGGCAAAAAAAACCUAUGAAGUAAGAGUCGACUACUGUAGUUUCAAGGAAUAAGAUGCACAUAAGAACAAAGCGUUUGGACUGUUCAGGCAUUGACUGCCAAUAUGGUCUGUAUUUAUUCCAUAAUGAUGCACUCAGUUGCAAUAUUGACAGACAAGAGGUGGCGAGACUUUGGAAUUCCUGCACUUUAUCUAAAAAGACAUCCAGAGUUUGCAGUUUGGAGGUUAAAAAAAAAAAAAAAAAACUAGUAUAAAACAGCCACUGAGCUAAGUAUACUUGCCUAUUUUGUACUAAAGCUGGGAACACGCUAGGUGUAAAUCCAACUGAUUGAAACACAUUUAACUGAGAUUUAAGUCAGACUAGCAUACAGCAUUCAUAUUUUUACCAUUAACUUCAACUACAGGAUCAUGCUCUUAAAGUUGUAAAA